CGCCCUCAGACUGUGGGGCCAGACAGCAUGAGCUCUGUGGUGAAGAGAUCUCUGAAGGUUCCCAUCAAGAUGCUGAGCGGCUGUGUGUCAGGGGUGAAGGAGGGAGGGACGUGGGGCAGCAGGGUGAGGAGGAGCAGGUUCGGAGGAGGAGGACGAGGUGGGCGAAGGGGCAGGGGGGGCCAGGGUGCCCCCUCUCAGUCGGGCCUCCCCUGGGAACCCCCGUGCUCUUACCUGGCUGACAUGGAGAAGGAGAGGAAGCUCAGAGAGGUGCUGAAUGCACAGAAGAACGCAGAGAGAGCGACCAUGAGGGCUCACUUCAGGAAGAAAUACCAACUCUCAAAGAACUGUAAGGACGCCAGCCACAGGAGAGCAGUUGGAGGAAAGCUUGUGCUCCCCCCACAGCUGGCCAAAAUGGUACAUCCCACAACCAAGACCAAGGACAAAGGCUCCGGCCUGCUCAGCGCGUUCCAAGGUCUGAGGUUCAACAGGGGGGUGGUCACAGGGAGCAAGCCCAGCAAGACACCCACCUCGACGCCAGCCAAUCCAGAAUCCUGCAAAGUCAUGUGAUCGGGGCGCGAUUUGAAUCAUCAUGCUUCAUCCUUUAAAACGUGUUCUUUUUCUGUGUCUUACUGGUAUCUGAAUCUCUUCUGAUGCCUCAACCAUUGGGUGUGCUAUGCUGUAGUGUGUAGUGUGCAGUGUGCAUUGUGUAGUGUGCAUUGUGCAGUGUGUAGUGUGCAGUGUGCAGUGUGCAGUGUGCAGUGUGCAGUGUGUCGUGUGGUGCAGGGUGUUUCAGCUGACGGGCCUGAAGUGAUGCAUCACAUGGCACACUGUAGCGGAGCAGCUUCUGCAGGGAAGGAGUGUUCAGAAUAAACGAGACUUAAGAGAUCCACAUCUGUGCCCGUUUGUCUCACCAACCCUUCGUCUCUUCCUGAUUGGCCGAACACAGAUCUGUCUCUUCCUGAUUGGCCGAACACAGAUCUGUCUCUUCCUGAUUGGCCGAACACAGAUCUGUCUCUUCCUGAUUGGCCAAACACAGAUCUGUCUAUUCCUAAUUGGCCAAACACAGAUCUGUGAGGAUGACAAGGGGAGGAUGGUGUCAUGUUGUGAUAAUGUCUCUCGUAGUGGAACACUCUCGUAGUCACUGUUAGGACUGUUCUGUACUGUUCUGUACUGUACUGUUCUGUACUGGACUGUACUGUUCUGUACUGGACCUAGCAGACUGAACCGGUGGGUCCCCCUUGUCCUUAGUCUGCCUGGUUAGGGGGUCCCCACACACAGGAAGGAAUCUCAGGGUGUUGCACGUUCCACUGAUGUGAGAAUGUGUGACAUGAUAGCUUGAAAU